UGGUGACAUUCCCGUAGGCAGCAGUCGUCUCUCCGGCGCGCUACCGGCGAGACCUGGCGCACCGGCUUUUCUUCUUGCUGACGCCGCUCGCAUCCCGAACUAAGUCGCGUGCCGUGCUCCAUGCACAACAGCUCAGGCAGACCGCGCUCUUCAACUCGUGCUACGGAUGUGCACCGACCGCUGCGCGCGCUCACCGGCGAGGCUGACGAGGCUCUACUUCACUUCUCCGAUAGGGCCUUCUAAUUCGUUAUUACCGAUCAAUUGUCAGCACGUGAAUUUUUCCUCUCUCUAAUUAAAUGAGCGAGUUUUUGGAGACUAAUUGAGGUAGCUCAUCUGGCAUUCACGUCAUGCGCUUUUUCCCGGAGGUGUACUCGGUGCCAGAGGGACGCGCGUCUGCCAGCACUCAAGGUUAGCUUGCUUUAUUUUUUAGUUUUUUUUUUCGCCUUUCUUCCUUCGGAUGCGUCCAGUACAAACGCAUAAUCAACAGUGCGUUAUCACUUCGCGGUGAUAUAUACAAGUCCCGUUCUUAGUCGUUUGUUUUGGUAUAAGACCGAUGAACAGACUUUAGUGGCGAAAAAAAAAACAAAAAAAAAGAGGAAAGACCUCACUAUCUUGACGUGUGCGCCGCACUUGCAAUCUGUCAUCUCCGCCGCGCCGGUAAACGAACCGCACCGUUUUCUAACCCCUAAACAGGCGAUUUCUUUUUUUCUUCUUCUUCUUCUUCUUCUUCUUCUUCUUCUUCUUCUUCUUCUUCUUCUUCUUCUUCUUCCGACGUUGACUUGAAGCACAAAAGUCAUGCUCAACAUGAGUGUAGAUAGCAACUUUUCCAACUCCACCAACUUCACGGAUGCCUUGGCGGCCAGUCCAGUCAAGUAUCCACUAAUCAAGACUAUCCACGACUGGUUGAUCGUCGGCAUUCUGGUAUCCAUCAUGUUUGGCAUGGGCUGCCAUAUCAAGAUGUCUGAGAUAUGGGCGCAUCUGCGACGACCAUUCGGCGUGGCUGUGGGAAUGCUAUGCCAGUUCGUGAUGAUGCCCCUGCUGGCGUUCGGCCUGUUGACAUCUAUGCGACUGAGCGGCCUGUUCGCCAUCGGCAUGCUCAUCAUGGCCUGUUGCCCCGGUGGAACUGUCUCCAACGUGUUCGCAUAUUUCGUCGAUGGCGACGUCCCUCUCAGUAUCGCCAUGACACUUUGCUCGACGGUGCUGGCCAUGGGCAUGAUGCCGGCGAACAUGCUGAUAUACGGCAAUUACGUGGAUACAGGCGACAUUGUGGUGCCCUACUCCAAGAUGGCAAUGAGCCUCGUCUUCAUUUCGCUCCCAGCCGGUCUUGGCAUGCUGUUCAACUGGUUCUGCCCGCGGGUGGCACCUUACAUCACAAAGCUGUCCAGCACCCUCGGUGGCCUGCUGAUCGUGGUGACCCAAAUCAUGGAGGUGUUCAUCUUUCCCGAUAUCUUCCACAACAUUCCCCCCGUGUUGUACGCUGCAACGGUAAUCAUGCCUGCAGCAGGUAUGAUGCUCGGCUACCUCAUCAGUUGGCUUCUCAAGAGACCAGAUGCCGUUCGGAAAACCAUUGCCAUCGAGUCCGGCAUCCAGAACGUCGGCAUGGGACUCACAAUCGUCUCGCUCUCUUUCAAGUUUCAGACUGCCAUCACAUUCCUUGACGAGGCCAAAUUUUUCGGAAAUCCCCUGACUUCCAUAAGGGAACAAAAGCAAGCCCUACUCUUCCCAUGGCUUUAUGGCUUCACAAUGAUAGCUUUAAGUUUCCUGCUGUGUGGCAUUUAUCGAGUCUACAAAAAAUUUUUUUCAAGAUCAAGCUCACACAAUAUUGCUCCUGAAGCAGGAACUACAAAGCAAAACGAAAAGAUGCAGCUGUCCACUGUGCAAGUUCCAAGCCAAGGUGUUUUCAAUGCAGCAUUUCAAGGCUGAUGCAUCAUUCUUAAGUGGACUUUGAUGAGCAACUACACUGGGAAAGGCUCCUGUUUUAAUGUUCAAGCCACAAUAAGAAGUGCAACUGGUCUAACCAUUUGUGUAACUGGUCUGUAGAGAGCUGCACAACAAUACCAACAUGUACACGAGUAUGAAAUGCCAAUUUUGGUGACGCCUGCUGUGGCUACAGCUUUCUGCUUUGAAGUGUUUCACUCCCAGCUUCACAAGUGUUUGUUGCAUCAUGCAGCGUAUUAUAAAAAAUUAAUACGCUCCAUCAUGGCACUGUAAAUUUUCAUGUGUACCGAAAAUGAGAAAUAAAAACGUGCCCAAGACUCCACAUGGAAAAAAAAAUUAAUUUACGCACCCCAGUCACUGCUAAAUUAUGAGCCAAGGCUAGGAAUCGGUUGUUUUUGUCUAAAUUCAAUUGCAGAUGCUUGAAAGUAAACACUAAGAGCAUUUAAUAAACUUCAACACAAUCCUAA